AUGCCAUCCUUCUUCAUUGGCGUCUACGUGGCGUUAUAUCCUUAUGCCGCUCAAACAGACCAAGAACUUACACUCGCUCAAGGUGACCUUCUCUAUCUCCUUGAAAAAUCCACCACCGACGACUGGUGGAAAGUUAAAAAACGCGUUUUGGGCUCAGAAACUGAGGAACCUGUUGGCCUAGUGCCUAAUACCUACAUCCAACCAGCUCCAGUUGUUUCAAUAGCUAAAGCUUUAUAUUCAUAUGAUAGACAAACUGAAGAAGAACUUUCUUUCCAAGAAGAUGAAAUCUUUGAUGUCUACGACUCUUCAGACCCAGAUUGGCUUCUUGUUGGCAAAAAAUCAUCACAAGAAUAUGGCUUUGUCCCAGCAAACUAUAUAGAAGUUGGCUCAGGUGCCUCUGCUGCUGUUUCUGCUGCUGCUCCUCCUCCCUCUCAAUCUGCCUAUGCUGCUCCCAUUGCUGCCGUCACUGCUGCUACCGCUACCUCUUCUACUUUUGGACAAGGCCCUAAAAACUCUUCUUACAUCCCCCCACCUCCACCACCAACUUUUGUCCCACCUGCUAAAGAUAAACCCCUUCCAGAAAUGCCCCAGGACUCUUCUCCACCUCCUUCAGACAAUUAUGGCUCUAGUCGCCCUAGUAAUGAAGAUGAUGAAGAUGCCCCCCCUCUUCCUUCUAGACCAACUAAUUCAGACAAUAAUAAUAGACGACGUCCAAGAGAUCAAGCUCGUACCGAGUCAAGCUCAAACAACAAUGACAAUAGCAACAAUAAUAAUAAUAAUAAUAAUAAGAAAAACGAACAAUUCUAUAAUUGGUACGUUCAGGAAGUUGAUGGAAGGAAAAAAUACAAGGCAACUAUUUCAAUUGGAAAUGGCUCAAUCAUGUACUCCUCAGCCCGUACAGACUCAAACCCUCAGCAAUGGCCCAUUGACGACCUCAUUAAUUAUAAUAGCGAAAAGAAACACGUUUUCCUUGAGCUCCAACACCCUUCUCUUUCCCUAGAUCUUCAUGCUGGCUCAAAAGAAACCGCUGAGGAAAUCAUUUCCGUUUUAGGAGAUCUCUCCGGUGCAAACAAAGCCAUUGGCCUCAGAGAGGUCAUUGCUGCCGCAAAAUCAGCAGGUCAGAAAAUGGGCAAGGUUCUCUACGACUUUGACGCCGCUCAUGACGACGAAGUUACUGUCAAGGAGGGCGAAAACAUUUUUGUCAUUGACUCGGAACGUAGUCGCGAAUGGUGGCUCAUUCGUAACGCUUCAGGUCGUGAGGGUAUGAUUCCAAGCUCUUAUAUCGAAGUGGCACCUGAACCAACCGCUUCGAAACGUCUCUCAUUUUACCCAUCUCGUCAAAAAUCAGACGGUGGAAACAAAAAGUCUCUUCUCCGUCGUCCAAGUUUAUUUUCUUCUUCCUCUUCAUCUAGAAAAGAACGUGAGGAUAAAGAAGAACGUGAACGUGAAGCUGAUCGUGAACGUGACUACCAGCGUCAACAAGACGCAAGAAGAAGACAACGCAGCCAAUCCAAUGGUGGCGGUAGCAGCAGCAACAAUAGAGAAAGAGAAAGAGAAGGCAGAGAAAAUAAAGAAAAACCCAAACCAGAUUCUAGAAAAGUUCGCACAUGGACAGAUAGAUCUGGUGCUUUUAAAGUCGAUGCUGCCUUUUUGGGCUGUGUUGAUGGAAAAAUCCAUCUCCACAAGGUUAAUGGUGUCAAGAUUGCUGUUGCUGCUAGUAAAAUGUCUACUCAGGAUUUGGAAUAUGUCGAAAAUCUCACUGGAAUGAGUUUUGAAGAUGAUAAGCCCCUGGCUGAUAUUAAACGUGGCUCCAACCGUUCUGGUGCUCGCAGAGCCAGCUCACGUGGUGAUGAACGUAGCUAUUCUCCUUCAUACCGCAACAAGUCUCAACAACAGGUCCUUACCAUUCCUGGAGGUGUCAGCACAGGAGACCACGAUCCGGAUUCGUUUUCGCCCAGAUCAUCGUCACGUCCUGCUGAUUCAAAUGCUCGCAAUCAUGUUUCCCAGGCACCCUCAACUCUCCCUGAGUUUGAUUGGUUUGGCUUCUUUUUGGAUUGCGGUGUUGACAUUAACAAUUGUCAGCGCUACUCUAUCAAUUUUAAUCGAGACCAAAUGGAUGAGUCCAUUCUUGCUGACAUUACUCCUGAGGUUCUCCGUACCUUGGGCCUUAAGGAAGGUGAUAUUCUCCGUGUCACCAAGCGUCUUGACGAAAAGUUCAACAGACGCCUUGAGGGUCAAAAGACAGGUGGUGGCCCCGGUGGCGCCGCAAUUGUCCCUGUGGGAACUGCAGCAGGUGGUCUUUUUUCAAAUACCGAUGGUACGUUGAAGAACAAUACCACAAGACAAGCCAAUGCUGGCCCGGCCCCAGCUCCGGCCCCGAUCUCGGUUCCAGCCACUUCGGUUCCAUCAGCUGCUGCAUCAACUGCCAGCCUGGCUUCUCAGGUUCAGCCUGCUGCUCAAGGCUUUGAAGAUGAUGCAUGGGCAGUUAGAGCUGGUGCUGGUCCUGCUCCUAUUGCACCAGCACCGGCACCAGCUUCUGCCCCCGUUGUGGUUCCAGCACCAGCACCAGCUCCUGUGAUUGUUGCAGCUCCUCCACCUCCACCUCCUGCUCCAGUCUAUGCCAAUCCUCCUCCUGCUCAACCUCAGCCUACUGGCGCAUUGAAGGAGUUUAUGGAUUUUAAGCCUUUGAACCCUGUGCAAACCGAAGCUGCCAAAUCUGCAAACAUUAAGCAGCAAAUGACUGGCAUGGCUCCACAGGCCCCCCAGCGCACUGGCGGUGGUUCUAUCAUCACAAUCCCCGUUACUAUUCCCAUUGCACUCCAGCCUGUUGCAACUGGUGCUCUUGGUGCCCAAGCAACUGGAGGAUUGGUGCGCGAGCCUCUUAAUCCAUUUGCUACUGGUAUUGCUCAGCAACCCUUUAGUGUAUCAACUACGUCGUUGCCUGGACAAGUUACUGGUGGGUUUGUUGCUCCUCAAGUCACUGGUGGUUUGGUGCGAACUCAAAUCACUGGUGGUCUUGUACCCACCCAUACCACCAACCCGUUUUUGACUCAACAAUUUGCUGCCUCGACUCCUGCUCUUACAGGUAACCCGUUUUUGCAAGGUGGAGCUGCCCCUCAGACUUCUUUUGGAUCAGUUGUUGUUCCUCAAACUACAUUUGGCCAAGUGCCUACAUCAACUUUUGGACAGGCUCCUCAGGUUUCAUCUACAACUGCACCAACACUUAACACGUUGAACAACCAGAUGCAGGCUCUCAACUUGCAACAGGUUCAGCCUCAGGCCACGUCGUUUCAGAAUUUUAUUCAGCAGCCCACUUUUAUGACUGGCAGUACGCCCAAUUUGUUUAUGCAGCAGCAGCAGCCUCAAUUGACAUUGUUCCAACCCCAGCAGCCCACGUUUCAACAACAACCUACAUUCCAACAACAACAACAACCUACGUUCCAACAACAGCAACAGCCUUCUGUGUUCCCACAGUUUGGAGCUGCAGCAGCUACGCAGCCAGCUGCCGGGUCCGGGUACCAGAUGAAUGUUCAGCCGCUGCAAACGCAGCCGACUGGGUUUGGGUUUGGCAAUAGUGGAACAGGACCGUCGAACAAUGUAGGCAACAUUUUCCAGGCCAUGGCAGCUGGUGCGCCUGUGGGAGCCGGCAGUGCGGCGCCACCCACUGUUGCAUUUGGAAAUAGUGCACCAUUGCAGCCAACAGCCACUGGACGGAGGGCCAAUUUGAAUGCAGCGACACCUCAGAAUCCAUUUGGAUUUUGA